AAAGUAUUGAUGUCACAUGUACAUCAUAAACACUUUCACUCAAUCACUCCUACUACUACUAACUACUUCCAAGUUCCAAACUCUCUACACAUAAAUAUAUAUAUAGUCCUUACCUUAUUAACUUUGCUUAACAAAACUAAACUCCACUACUUUUCCCUUAAUUUCCUCUACUAGUUAAAAAAAGAAAAGUAGCUUGUUUCCCUCCAUUUCAACUUUUCUCCUUUCUUCCCCUGUAUUUGUUUUUUUUGACCAUGGUCAGCACUACUGACUCUGUCUCUCCUUCUUCUCCUUCCUCUCCUCCUCCGGCCUCACAAUCGCAAUCGCCGUCGCCGGUUGUGGUUGUUAGCCCUUGCGCUGCCUGCAAGAUCCUACGCCGGCGAUGCGCUGACAAAUGUGUUUUGGCACCUUACUUUCCGCCCACUGAACCACUCAAGUUCACCAUUGCUCACCGGGUUUUUGGGGCUAGCAAUAUUAUUAAAUUCCUCCAGGACCUCCCGGAGUCACAAAGGGCAGAUGCCGUGAGCAGCAUGGUGUACGAGGCGAAUGCACGACUAAGAGAUCCGGUGUAUGGAUGUGCCGGAGCAAUUUGUCAGCUUCAAAAACAAGUGAAUGACCUACAAGCACAAUUAGCCAAGGCUCAAGCUGAGAUUUUGAACAUGAAAUGUCAACAAACUAAUUUAUUGGCCUUAUUAUGCAUGGAAAUGGCACAUGAUCAUGAUGAAUCUCCACCGUCUAACACCUCAUCACAGUCAGUGUCACCGGAACACCCUAAUCGCGGUGUAAGUAACAACGCUUGCUUCAUCGACGACAACAACCUAGGAGGAUCACUUUGGGAGCCUCUUUGGACAUGAUGAUUGUAAUUGUCAAUUAAUUAAGUCUCCUAAUUCCAUGCUAAUUAUAGCUAUGAUGAGCAAAGGAGAAUUUAAAGAAGAUCAUUUAUAUAUUAUAUGAUAUAAUGUGUAUAAUAUUAUUAUUAGUAGUAGUAAAUUAAUGAAGCUCUAAGCAAAGUAGCUUUGGAUCAAAUUUGUAUGAAAAAGUUAGGAUAUAAUUAUAAAAAUAUAAUGUAAUGGCAUAAUAGCUAAAGUAGAGUAGUAGAAGAGUGUAUCAACUCUCAUGUAAACUCUUCAACUUUAAAAGACACAUAGUUGUCAACGUUGUAGUCUAUAUUUUCUAAUAUAUUGAUCUUUAUAAUUCAA